GAAGAAGGUGAAGACGUCACAUGGAAGGAUGCGCUCAUCAUCAUCAGCAGCCGCUUCACUAUUAAACACAAUAUCAACAGCAGAAGCUAAUAAUCACAUCUGAUCGAUCAGACACGAAAGAUUGAUCUGUAGAGCAAAAACGAAAGAUUCACCGAACAUGCAAACGGUGAAAUAAGUUCCCGGACAUACAGUGUUAUCGUGGCCUGUUCGUGCACUAAACUCCCGGACUGCUCUGGAUCAGCUCAGUCCUCCCUGGCUGGGCUCGGGUUAGCCAGCUUGCUAGCUAGCUGAUCAAAUUGCUAAUUGUAGUUAGCUAGCUAGCGAGCUGCGGCUACUUGCGUCAUGGAUGAGCUGAUCGUGGAAGUGAGGGGAACAAGUGGGGCCUUCUAUAAGGUAAGUUCUUGUCUUGUUGAGAUGUAUCCUUUUGAUUGAUCCACGAGUUCACAUAAUAAAGGUAAAGUGGCAUGUUUUGCCGGACUUAUCUAACAGGCUUUUCCCCAGGCCUCGGUGCUUUUGUCCAGCCUCUGCUAGGACGUCAAUACCGAGAAUAUGUGUCUAAAGCUGGCCAUAAGCUGCUGCUCUCCCCUCUCUGCUCUUUCCUUUAACGACUUUAAUUCAUCUCGGUGUGAUAGAAAUGAUCAGACGGCUGGUUUGAACAGUGCUGAGCUAACACAGCUGAUGUGAUUGUAACGGGGUUUGAUCUAGUCUUGGUAAAGUGAGUUGAUUUGUGUUAUUCAGAACUUUUGUGGAUGAGGAUUAUAUUUGGGAUUAAAGCUAAGCAUUUGGAUGAUGCAUGCUUGAAUGUGUUGAGGUCAGGUACUCUUUCACUGGAGCCUCAGAGGUUUCAGACAGGGGUGAGGUCAACAGGUGAGACAGUCAGGUGGAUUACACAUUUAUUAUUCUUAUUUAUAUCCAAAGAAGAUCAUCCCAAAGUCUCAAGAGACUUGUGAAUUUCUGCAGCGGGCAGGGACCACAUGUCUCCUUUGUUUAUUUGGUAGAUAUCAGUUUUCCUGUGUUGUUCUCAUUAUCUGUCUUUUAAAAAUGCUGAAGAAGCUCCCGACUUAGUUGGUUUGAGAACAUAACAUUACACCAUAUCAAAUAUAUUUGUCACAUUUUUUCACUCUGUUGCAGUGAGAUGGUUUAUUUCAGCAGUCUUCAAGCUCUGUGAAUUCACAUUUGGUUGUGUCUCACUACACUGAAGCUUUGUACCCUGAAGGAAAAUGUAGAAAACUUAUAUCAAUAUAGAAAGAAGCUUUCAGCUACAAAGCUUACUGCUUUUAGACCAAAACACCCAAAGAUCAUGUCAGUACUUUUUGACUCAGACUGGUGUGCAUGGACAGGGCUUACCUGAGUCUAUAUUCAUCAAUGUUGAUCACACUUGCUGCUGAUCUUACUCACCUGCCAUCAGUUUCUUUAGGUUGUACGAUAAGAUGAUAACGGUAUAUAUCGAAAAUUAAUUUCCCUCAAUAUCAAUAUACAACAUGGUCAAUAUGCUUUUCAAUAGUCGGUAUCGGCCAUGUUUUAGUGGACUAUAUGAAUAGCCAAUGAAAAGGGGAGUUGCUCCGGGUCCGCUCCGUGCUGAACCAAUCAUGUGCUAAAUUAGAACCAAGUAGCAAACAAGUGCAUAGUAGCAGGCGGCAGCUCCACACAACCAUGGCAUUUUAACACGUGAAGUUGACAGCACUGUUGAUGAGGAAAAAAGAGAAUGAGUGCUACCCCUGGCAGAAAUGCAGAUGAAGACUCAACAGGUGAUAACAUCGUGGACAAUACUGGCACAAAAACGUUGGUGGUGUGGAGGUAUUUUGUUUUUUUUUACGUCGGACAUGAAGCAGAGUAAUCUGCACUGCAAAUUUUGUCGAGUACAUGUUCUCACAAAGUGCGGGAAUAUCUCAAAUCUUUUUCACCACAUGAAGCAGUGCCACGCUGCAGAGCACGCGCAAAGCAAAAGGUUACAAACCCAAGGAGCUCAUGCUGCCUGUGCAGCCGAAACAGCUGAUCAUUCAGUCCGCUUUCUCUAGCGCAACGCCUUACAACAAAAUGUCUUAAAGACACAAAGACCUCACAGAUGCAGUAGCUUAUUGUACUGCAAAAGACAUGCUACCAAUAAGCACUGUUAAUGUUCAUUUUUUAUUCCGUGAUAUGUAUCGAUAUCGACUGAUAUGAAAAAAAUAUAUUGUGAUAAAAAUGUUCCCAUAUUGCCCAGCCCUAGUUGUACCUUUCAUGGCUCCAAGGUGUUUUUCAUAUAUUUAUAAAAGAAGAGAACUGAACAGCAGCAGUCUGAAACGUCAGAUUAAAAGGGGCAGACAAUGUUAUUCUCUUUAUUUGCCAUUAUUUAAAAAAAAAAAAAAAAACAGGACAGUAACAAAAAAACAAAACAAAACAAAACAAAACAAAAAAGUGUAGAAAACAUUUAAACAGGCAAACAGCUCCUUCCUCAGCGAAGCUGUCUGUGCUCUAAAAAUCCAAACAAAUCAAUGUUAUCAAAAUAAUGAGAUACUUUGACAGUGAUAUACACAGAGGAGAACAAUCUCUUCUAAACUAACUCUUGGACUGGACCAAGCACAUGCAAAGCACAUCCACACCAGCAGAGGAUGAUACAGACACAGAAGACACAGCAGAGACUGAGGAGGCAGGUAAUUCACAUCAGCAGAGGAAGAUAGACCUAUGAUGAGAAAACAGAGACCAACGCAAUGUUCGAUGGACCAUCGGCUUCAUUUACACCAGCAGCCAAGCAGAGGGUCCUUUAUAAGAGGACAUGAUGAAGUAGACAACUGAAUACUCAUCAAGUGUUCCUUAGUAAACUAACCAAAAGACUGCUGAGCUGUGAGCUGCACCAGCUGAGGUUAAUACAGACAGAGAAGGAGGCAGAUAAUGGUGUAUGACAAAUAAAACUAGUAAUAAUGAUUAUUUGACAGCCACACACAGCCUUAUAUUAAAGUGUAAUAUAACUGUUCACAAUAAGAAGUAGUUUCAUUGACACUGAUCUUAGAAGAACAUACCUGCGUUAAGGUCAGAUCUGUGGAGGUGGAUGACAGAGCGGACUGUUCAGGGUCUGGAUCAUCUCUGGCAUCAGAGAAGUUUCUGGAACAGGUGGUGUUGUCUGGGUCCUGUGUAAAAUAUAUGAACAGCUGCACUCCUGGGGACGUUUUAUAUAGCAUGGGUACAUAUUACAUAUUUUACUCAAAUGAAUUUUUAUAUUCUGAAAAAAGUACACAUAAAAACCAAUAAGUCUGAAACUUGUCAAAUAAAACAUUGUGGCAUUAAAGUAAAAUAGCAAACCCCAAAUGUUAAAUAUUGUUGGGCUGGUAAUAACUCCAAGUUUAUGAAAGAGGAGCUUAUGUACAUCACAGAAACAUAAACGUCCAGCAACAGUGAACUUUGCUUCAUAAUAAAACCUUUAAAAACCCACUCACCCACUCCAAUGAAGAUCACGUUUUUCUUGUUGUCUAUAUGUUCAAAUGGCAUUUUUCUGAUGCUACAGGACAUAUCAGAAAAGUAAAUGCGAAGUUGCUUUUCUGAGUAUUUUUUCAUUCAAAUCGAUGUGAAUCUCUGGCAGACCCCAACAACAGCUUCAGAGACAGUGAGAUGUCAUACGUCACAAAUACAAUCUCUGCCCCCGGAGCCCCGCUAUACAGGCCACACUCUAUAUAUAGAAGAGAAAUAGAGAGGACGAUCGCAGAACAAGCGUGUGUGUUAGCGGAUUGAAAUGCUCGUAAGAAAGCUAAUUGUGAUAUUAACUUUCAUAGUGUCCCCAAAGGCAUUAGUGUCCCAGAGCUGAACAGCUCCUAUGUUACCUGCUACUUCUACUACAUUGACAAUGUUAGGCAGCAAGCUAGCGUGAAGAGGAGUGUGCAGAGCAGUGCUGUCUCCUCCCACGACUCAGAGGUGAAUUGCUAAUGAGUUACUGGAGCUCUGCAGAAGAAAAGCCCUUAAAAAUGACACAGGUAAUGUGAUUUUUGGUAAAAACUUCAUAAUCACAAUUUAAAGACCACUGAGAACACUAAGUGGUAAAAAAAAAGAAAAAGGUUGGAGUGGGACUUUUACCUUUCACAAGCUCAGACUGAUGUUUGAAUAUACUACAAAUAAUCACACAAGGCUGCAGUUAGAAAACAGAGGUGAAAGGUAACCAAGUAUAAAUUUACUCAGGUAACUUACCUAUGAUUCAUCUUAAGGUAUCCAUAUAUUGCUCAAGUAAUACCAUUUAAUAUUUCAACUUCACUACUUCUCAAAGACAAAAUAAACUCCACGAUAUUGAUCACUUAAUUGAUCACUCAUCACCACACACACCUCUCCUCUCUCCACCUGCCUGCAGCCUGAUUUUCUGAACCUGUUGCUCAACGCGUUGUAGGUUCAGCGGUCCUCCAUUAAUCUAAGCAGAAGCUGUAACUUCUCUGUGCUCCCAAACUUUGUUCUUAUUGGUCUAAGCUGCUGCUGCUGAAGGUAAAGUGAGAGCUGUUUGAUGAAAGUGGCCACGCCCACACUCUACUGUUGAGGAAGAGUGGAAGGGUGUGAGGGUGUGUCUCAGUUAGCAUACAGGACAUAGUCUGGGCAACACAGCAGGUUGCACAAUAAUCGUUCAGUUUGGAUUAUCAUUUUUUUUCUGAUUGUGGGAGGUCUCAGCUAGACCACAGACAAUCAAUUUUUUUUCUUAAUAAACUUUUAAAACUGUUUCAGCAUAUGCUUUCUCACUACUGAACUCCAGUAUUUAACACAAGGAGUCAAAUAAACCAAAUCUCUGUGGUGUUAAAGCCAAGUUGUCCAAAGUACAGUCUAUGAGUCAUUUAUGCAACAAGUGGAUUUCAGUUUCUAGUAAACUUGUUUUGUUUUUUUACAAUGCUGUACUGAGUUUGUAGUUUGUGACUGAAUAUUAAAGUCAGACUAAACCGUAAAUAUUAUUCUGAGUUGAAUUUUUUUUGUUUUGUUUUGUUUUAAACCAGUAUUAGCCCGACUAAAGUUAAAAGUAAGAGUUGAAGUCACUUUUAUUUAACUUGUUCGCUGAAGUUAUUUAACAGAAAAAGUGCAUCUAUAGUAAAGCAAAUACUCACAUUGGCCUUGGUACUCGGUAUCGGCAGAUACUUGCUGAUAAAAAUGAUUAGAUCAGGAUUGAGGGGGGGAAAGAAGCUGAUCGGGGACACCCCUAAUAUUUAGUGAAAUAAUAGCACAGUGAUAAAAGGGAGCAUGACACUCUCCGUCUCUGGCUCUCAGUCAGUUUGAGCACUUCAACUCUGAGGCGUACUUCACGUAUGUUGCAAAAAUAAAAAUCUAGCUGCUGUUAAUUUUCAUUGAAUGAAAAGUUGCAAAGUUGAAGGAAAAAGAUCAGACUUUUUGGCCUUUGAACUUUUCUGCAGUUUAAAAUGUGUCUGCAACAGGAAGCAUUGAUACUCUUUGACAGUUAGCUUGUGUAAUGUAAGGAAUCAGUGGAAUUGAGAUGGUGGAGAUUUGUGUCCCAGACGGAGAGUCCUAAAGUAUCCUGGCAACACCACUUCUGUCUCAGUGGCUGAUUAUAUGAUAUAUUGGUGAAAGUAGCCUAAAUAAAGUUUGUAGUAAAAUAGUAAAGAUGGGAUUUUAACUGUAGAUCUGUGUCCCUCUUUUUCUCUUCCUCCACAAACAUAACGUUCAGUUUCUUUAAAGGGCGUUCAUCAGCAUUGAUACUCUAAAGUAGAAAAAGAGUUUUCAGAUAACAUAUGUUGAGAAAUGAUGAGAACUGCUAAACAACACAGACAGAUACAGAUAAGUUUAUUUGUGAGAGGAAGUUUUUAUUGUUGCCAUUGAAGCAAAUGAACCUGACACUGAGAAGGUGGUGUGAGAUGUGUAUUGAGGUGAGACAAGCUGGCCAACAUGCCGCCAGAGGGAGUGCGGGUUUGUUUAGUUACCCUUUACACUCUGUUCCUUGGGUUCAGUUAUACGCCUACCUUGGGAAGAGGGUUCCUACCCAGCCCAGCAGUGACCCUCAGUAAAAAUGAAACCUGGGCCACAAACUCAAUAGACUCCUAACCCCAGAAAUGACUCGUAUAUAAUUGACUUUAACUGUUGUGUAUCACAGUCUGAACUACAGUGAUCCGUUUGCUUCAAAAACACAUUUACAUUUUUCAUUGAUAGUUCUCUUUCAUUUCCCUGAGUUAACCUUCACAAAAGAAUCAACCAAGUUCAAUCUGAAAACCAGAGUAGCAACAUGUGAGGACACAUGAUAUCAGCCCUCAUGGAGGUCAUAACUGACAAAGUAACACCUACAUCACUGAAUAUCACUCAGGAUAGGUGCUGCUGUGAUUUAAACUUAAAUCAGCGAUUAUAAAGUCAAAGUUUGGAGCAGUUCGGCCUGUGAGUCAGAGAAGCUUCUUGUUAUGCAGUGAGACAUCAAUCUGACAAGCAGCCAGUGGUAGACCUUAUGAGUAUUGUGCAGAGGCUUAAGAGGAUUUCUUUCUUAAAGUGACUGUUGGUUGCAAACAAACAAACAAAAAGAAGCGUGGAGUGGAUUUACAAUGUUAUAAUAAAAAAAACUAAUACAAGCAUAUUGUGUAAAACUGUGCAAGAAAAAACCCGUUUUGGGGAUUUCAGACUAUGAGCAGCUGCUUUGGCUCCUUCUUGUGACUUUCAUUUCCAGAAAUCUAUGAUAUUUGUCGUUGUUGAUGUGUCCUUUACUUGUAAACCAAAGGUUAGGAGGGGUUGGUCAUCCCUUAAAGGGAUAUUCCAGCAUAAAAUUAAGUUAGGGUGAAACACACUGUACACCCAGUUAGACACCCCCUUGAGAGAUGAAUGUUGCAGACUGCUUGCUUUUCUUGUUUUACCAACUUUAGUAAUGACCGAAUGAUAGCAACACAGCGGUAUAUGGCUCCACGCGCACCACCUCAACCAAAAGCCACUCUAUAGUUACAAAUGAUGCUCAGAACAUCACCUAACUUCAUCAACAGUACAUAUAGGGUCCCAGCCAUAGUACUAGCCAGCAAACAUUUUUUUUAGCUUUGCCUGGUUUCUCUAGCAAAGAGACUAAACACAGCUCACCCACUCUCCUCCAGCAGCUGCUUGUUUGUAGGGGAGAUCACGGAGUGCAGCAGAUCAUUUAUGAUUACUUCAUGGAAAUGCAAUCAGACCAAGAUGCUAAGGCAGAAGAACUACUACUGUGUCUGCAGUGCACAUACAGUACAUGAUACACAAGAACUCUGAUUGUAUUUCCAUGAAGUAAUAAUCCCAAGUGUUCUUCCUUGAGCUGCGAAACUCUGCUGCACUCGGUGAUCGACUCGUCAGAGCAUUUAAUCCAAAGGAAACUUUGCCAAUCUUAAUUUGUGAAUUGCUGGUUGUUUAACAGUGUGGGUCAAGGGCAAUCACUUCUAGGUCAGAGGCAUUAGUCAAAGGUCUGAGGGUAUCGCAGAAGAAUCUUCAAGACUAUUUGGUAAAUCAAUUAGGGGUUUGACAGUAGUCAAAUGGACAUUUCACCUUUUGCUGCCAGUAAGUGGAGCUGUUUUGUGCAGAUGUGUUGAUAGGCUGAGUAAAACUGGUUGGAGAUUUCAAAAUUGAACUUUGCCAUUAAAACGAUAAUGAUAUAUAUCGAAAAUUAUUCUCCCUCAAUAUCAAUAUAAAACAUGGUCGAUAUGCUUUUAUAAUAGUCAGCAUUCUGCCAUGUUUUGGAAGAUUAUAUGAAUAGCCAAUGAAAAGGGGUGUUGAUCCGAGUCCGCUUCCCACUGAACCAAUCAUGUGUCAACAACACUGGCACGAAAACAUUGGUGGUGGGGAGGUAUUUUGGUUUUUUGAGGUCGGAUGUAAGGCAGACUAAUAUGCACUAGAAAUUAUGUCGAGUACAUGUUCCUGCAAAGUCAGGGAAUACCUCAGAUCUUUUUCACCACCUGAAGCAGUGCCACGCAGCAGAGCACGUGCAAUGCAAAAGGUUACAAACCCCAAGCGGUUCGCUUUCUCUAGCACAAUGCUUUACGACAAAAUGAAGAGACAAAAAGACCUCACAGAUGCAGUAACUUAUUGUAUUGCAGAAGACAUGCUACUAGGCCUGGACGAUAUAGAAAAAAAGCAUAUCGAUAAAAAAUAAAUCAUAUUGAUCGAUAUCGAUAAUUAUCGAUAUAAUUAUUAUAAUUAUUUAACAUACACUCACCGGCCACUUUAUUAGGUACACCUGUCCAACUGCUCGUUAACACUUAAUUUCUAAUCAGCCAAUCACAUGGCGGCAACUUAGUGCAUUUAGGCAUGUAGACAUGGUCAAGACAGUCUCCUGCAGUUCAAACCGAGCAUCAGUAUGGGGAAGAAAGGUGAUUUGAGUGACUUUGAACGUGGCAUGGUUGUUGGUGCCAGAAGGGCUGGUCUGAGUAUUUCAGAAACUGCUGAUCUACUGGGAUUUUCACGCACAACCAUCUCUAGGGUUUACAGAGAAUGGUCCGAAAAAGAAAAAAUAUCCAGUGAGCGGCAGUUCUGUGGGCGGAAAUGCCUUGUUGAUGCCAGAGGUCAGAGGAGAAUGGCCAGACUGGUUCGAGCUGAUAGAAAGGCAACAGUGACUCAAAUAACCACCCGUUACAACCAAGGUAGGCAGAAGAGCAUCUCUGAACGCACAGUACGUCAAACUUUGAGGCAGAUGGGCUACAGCAGCAGAAGACCACGCCGGGUGCCACUCCUUUCAGCUAAGAACAGGAAACUGAGGCUACAAUCUGCACAAGCGCAUCGAAAUUGGACAAUAGAAGAUUGGAAAAACGUUGCCUGGUCUGAUGAGUCUCGAUUUCUGCUGCGACAUUCGGAUGGUAGGGUCAGAAUUUGGCGUCAACAACAUGAAAGCAUGGAUCCAUCCUGCCUUGUAUCAACGGUUCAGGCUGGUGGUGGUGGUGUCAUGGUGUGGGGAAUAUUUUCUUGGCACUCUUUGGGCCCCUUGGUACCAAUUGAGCAUCGUUGCAAUGCCACAGCCUACCUGAGUAUUGUUGCUGACCAUGUCCAUCCCUUUAUGACCACAAUGUACCCAACUUCUGAUGGCUACUUUCAGCAGGAUAAUGCGCCAUGUCAUAAAGCUGGAAUCAUCUCAGACUGGUUUCUUGAACAUGACAAUGAGUUCACUGUACUCAAAUGGCCUCCACAGUCACCAGAUCUCAAUCCAAUAGAGCAUCUUUGGGAUGUGGUGGAAUGGGAGAUUCACAUCAUGGAUGUGCAGCCGACAAAUCUGCGGCAACUGUGUGAUGCCAUCAUGUCAAUAUGGACUAAGCUCUCUGAGGAAUGCUUCCAGCACCUUGUUGAAUCUAUGCCACGAAGAAUUGAGGCAGUUCUGAAGGCAAAAGGGGGUCCAACCCGUCACUAGCAUGGUGUACCGUAUAAAGUGGCCGGUGAGUGUAUAUUUUAAUUGCAGCCCUGGAUGUUUUAUGCUAUUGCUUAAUGACCUUCUUUUAAUAGAGAACACACAAGCACUGAAUUCAAAUUCAAACCUUUAUUCAACCACCUUUUCUUUUUUAACAACUGAAAGUUUUUUAAAAAAGAACUAAAAAAAAAAAAGAAAUCAACUUAAGUGGCCUGAGUGACGUCAGUAAAUACUGACAAACAUAAAGACUAAAGUGACCAGAAAAUCUGAUAAAUAAAUAUUUAAAUAGUCUUUUGAUGAAAAUAAACAAAACAAACAAAUAUAUAAAUAAACAGAAUAGCUUUAGGUGGGAAUAGCAUACUACCAGUUUUAACUGUGUGGGAAACUGCCCACAGCCUGGUGUCUGAACACUGAAAUAUUUCUCCCGGGGUCGGGAGAUUUAUUUAUUUUUAUUAUCAUGUGAUUGACUCAAUACACAAACUAAGCACGAGAAGCAGGACUUAUCCACGCCUGUGUUGUGUCGUAGAAUGCACCCCUGCCGAAUGCACCCCCUGCUAGUAGCCAUGAUCCAAAUACUCGCGUCUUUGUAAAAUAUGAGCUCAUUUUCUUCCACUUUAAGAAGCUAAUGAGUGGACGGGAUGCAGGGGUGCAUUCUACGGCCCAACACCGGAACGUAAUUCCUCCGCACCCUUCUCAGCUUUUCAACCCCUGACCCGUUUUCAUGCCUGAAGCGCUGUGUUUGAGAAAUACUUGCGGCCGGGCACUUCAUAUCGCGGGUCGAGAGUGGCUAGAAGCUGGUCGAAGCCAGGCUUUUCAACGGUAGUUAUUGGCAGUAUGUCCCUCGCUAUGGAGCAUGUUACUGCAUGGGUGAUGUCCUUAUGCCGCUCGGACGCUUUGUCGUAUUUUGGCAAGAAACGAAGUCCAGUUUGGUCUGCUUCACAUGCUUUGUGCUGGUGCUGGCAGCGGUUCCAGAGGAUUCCUCCUCCGACGACGACGUGGAGCCGCGGCGCGGCCGACUCAGCUCGUACUCCUGCGGGUGCGAUCGGUUUAGAUGGUAAAACAAGUUGGUUGUGUUACCAGACUUGGUUUUUUCUCUGCAAAUUUUGCAAACGACCGCUGUUCGCUUUUUGUCAGACUUCUAAAAACCAAAACAUUGCCAUGCUGGUGAACUACUGAAACCUUUUUUCGGGACAAUGUCCUCCGCUUCUCCUUGCUGUAUCAUUUUUUCUAAUACACGUGCUGUCUGUUGUGGUUUGAUAGGGGCUGGGCUUGGUGCCGUAGCGUACCUGGGUCUGCGUUUGUGAUUGGUUGGGAGGAAGUAAUGACUGUAGUAAAGGCUACAUGAUAGGCUAUGAUGAAAAAGAAAGGGAAACUGUGUUUUUCUAUCGAACUUUUUAUCGACCCGUUUUUUUUCUAUCGCACCACACGUCUAUCGAUCGAUAUAUAUUGUUAUCGAAUUAUCGUCCAGCACUACAUGCUACCAAUAAGAACUUUAAAAUUUCAUUUUUUAUAUUGUGAUAUAAAUCGAUAUCGACUGAUAUGAAAAAAACAUAUCGUGAUAAACAUUUUCCCAUAUUGCCCUAGGGGCUAGUAUGGUGUGUAGUAGUGAACAGGGAUGGAUAACAUAACAGUGUUUCAAUAUGGAUAUUCUUUGCUGAAUGAAGUUAUCAAUUUUAAUAUAUUGUCACAAAAUAUGUGCAGAUAUAGAAAAAAACAAACUCAGAUAACCUCUGCACAUAUCCCAUACCAGUGCGUUCACCAGUAAACACUGACACAUUUUAAAUUUGCCAACAUAGAAACUGAUAGGACUCAUUGAUGACGUAUGAUUAAAAGAGUAUUAUUUCGCCGAUUUAUACAUCAUAAGUAUUUUAAUAUCAAAAAACAAACGUUUUAUUCGGGAUUCAUUUAGUUUCACUUUACAGAGGAGCAUGCCCCUCUGUCUGUGUCUGUAUCUCUGUCUGCAUGGUUGUGUCUGUACCCAUGUCUGUGUGUGCCUGUCAGUCGUCCAGCUGUUUGUUCUGCACAUCCUCUCCAGUGUUCCUGUCCUCCCUCAUAUUCCUUUUCUGCCUGUCUUUUGAACCUGAACUGAGAGUACUUCCUGUUGGUGCUCUCACUGCGGCCUCAGUCUUUAAGUGGGUGGAGAGAUGAUGAGUGGUCUCUUAUUAGAGGCUUGGAGGAUGAGAGGAAGCUGCAGUUCAAAGAUGUUUGUAUCAGUAAAUGUUGAAGCUGUCUGUUUCAUUCCUUUAUUCAUAAAGGUCUGUAUGGGGUGAAAUGAAAACUAUCAUGCUGACUGUGCAGACAUAAUGUUCCCUCUUUUGUUUUUUUUUUCCCCAUUUUUUCUGAAGGAGCCUGUAAUGACAGUCACCACUGUUUCUGCAGCAGAAUGCUGUUAAUCUUGUCUUUGCUGUAGAAAUGGACUGUGUAGAUUGGACUGUGUUUGAGUGAUGCUCUCUGUAAAGCACUCAGAGCAUUUCUACAUGACAUUUCUCACUCAUUCACACCACAUCCAUACACUGAUGGUAGAGGUUGCUAUGUGAAGUAUCAGUAUUACCUAAUCACGGUUUCCCCUAGGAUUUUUUCAAGCUGUGGUGGUGGGCUGCAUGGGAGGCGCACAGCCGCGCUAUGUCGUGCCACUGCUGCUUCGCUGGCGGCAGCGAAAUUGUUUUAUAUCAUGACAAAUAAGAAUUUUUAUGAAUAACAUUUAUUUAUUUUUUGCCAGUCUUGAACAAAAACAACAACGUUUCUACCAUUUCAACCAUUCUACCAUUUCUACUGGCAAAGUUUGCAUCCUGUCUGAGAGCACUUCAUUUAUCUUGAUUUUUUUAAAAACAAUUUAAGGGCUCUCUCAUAUGGGAACUCGGCAAGAGGUGGCCCAUUUAUGGUCAUUAUGAGGCAUGCUGCCAGAUGGUCUCCCUGCAGCCUGUUCCUCAGGUCUUUCUUCACCUACACAAAAAUAUUAUAAUAAAAAAAGUGAGAUAUGGGAAAUUAAGACAAACAAGCCAUCUCCAACAUGAAUUGUAAAGUUGACCAAAUAUCUUACUCUGUUCAUUGCAGAGAAAUCUCUGAUGGGCAUUGUCAACGCAAUGGCCGACAGCUGGUUCAAGCAAGGGUACAGCAGUCGCCAUUCAUCAGUCUGUGAUGCCAUCUUUGACAUCUUCCUGCCCUGCGUCUCCAGCUCUCUCUCCUCCACUCACAGUCUCAACUUGUGCCUGAUUCAGUUGUUAAAAAUGUUAUCUCAACAUUAAGAUACAACUGUUGCCAUAAACAUUUGGUUAUUUCUACUCCUCAGAACGUGAGGGCUAAAUACCUCCAGUACAUGAGGGCACCUUGGAACAUGAGGGCUAAUUAAAUAUGUCGCAACGUGACGGUUCACAUCACCACAACAAUAAGCGUCCUUUUGUUACCUGACCCUCGUCUUAGGGAAUUUUUCUCUUUUGUGUGAAAUACUUUAAAAUAUUCAUCUGAAAUCGCAACCAGUGACGAGUCAGGGCAACAAGCUGGUAUUAAGCUAGGUCGAGAUGAUUCACACGGGACAAACACGCCAUAAAGUAAUUAAACGUUACUUUCGGUAGCAAUGUCAAAACUAAGUUCGUUUUCACAGGCUUAAACAAGAAAUAUAUGAAUUAACUUGAAAUACCUUUCUCUUAAGCUCCCUCUGCUUUUCUUUCUUUUUUGGCGGCGGUGGGAUGGAAUGGGGGGUUCGCGAGUGCUAAUUGCAAUCUGCUCCGAGGCAGGUGCGAGCUUGCAGACAGGAGAUUCCUUGUAGAGAUUUACAUGUAGGGGAAACCCUGUUAAUCCAAUUUUGGGAUUGAGGGUCUUGCUCACACAUGCACAGGACUUGCACAGUAGGACAAUGACAGACAUUUUUUCUGGCUCGUAUAAGUUUGAAGUAGAGAAACGGUGAAAGCCAAACCACUUAUCCCACUGAUGGAUUUUCCACCAGUCCAUGGAACACAGGGGAUCUAAUGUGCAUGGUGGUCUGAACGCAUCACUGACCAACUGUGAUCUGAUGCACCACUAAUGUACCGUAUUUAAAUGACAUGACUGACAUAGACAAGUCUAUGUCAGUUAGAGAUCCUGAAUACCCAUUUUGAGAAAUUGCCAAGGUUACUCUGAGACUUGGAGUAAGACCCACACAGUAACUCUCUGUUACUGUGUGGGUCUAAAUAUAAGACACCCUCCACCCCACCCAAGAAAACAAAUGUAUGUGAAAUUAAUGGUACAGAAAGACAUUAAAUUAAACCGAUAAAGUCUUGAAAUAUAUUACCCAGUGAUUUUAUGACAUUAUGAUAUCUAUGUAUAGAUAUUGGUCUAUUGUGCGAGUCUGCUCUUCAAGUUAUUUCAGUAUUUGUUCCCAAAUGACUUUAAUGUUCAACUUAUCUGUAGUCAGUGGUUUAUACCCCUACACAGCACAUGGACAGCUCUCCAAGGGUGCAGAAUGACAAACAAGCUCAUCUUUAUCAAACAGCAGUUUGAUAAAGUUCAGAUUUGACUCGAGACAGCUCACUCUAGUCAUUGAACAAACACUACAGAGAUCCUGGAGGAUCUUUUCUCCGAUUACCUUCAGAUGAUGUGUCAGGUGCUGCAGGCUCCAGGCACACAGGGCAGGAGCAAUGAAAAAUUAUCAGUUCAAUAAUAUUAUAUUAUAAUAUUUUAAUAAAACAAAUGUACUAGAUGGUAGGGCUGGGAAUCACCAGUGGCCCCACGAUAUGAUACUAUUACGAUACUUGAGCCACAAUACGAUAUUAUUAUGAUUUUUAACAUUUUCUAAUACAAAGAGUAUUGCAAUAUAUUCCAAUUUGUACAUUUUUUCAACUGUUAAGCUGAUUAGCAUUUGUCUUUCCCUAAUGUUUGUCUUAUUUAAGCUGUAUUUUAUUUUCUUGUAGCACAUCUUGCAAACCUUUUAUAUAUCUGUUGCAGUGACUUUCUCCUGCUUUAUGAUGUCACCUCUGCUAACCUCACUGGACAAACAGUUGAUUUAAAUUUUUCCAUUAACAUAGACUUGACUUCAAAUUAAUAAUUGAUUUGAAAGAUCAAUACUUGGUAAAUGAGACGAUACGAUAUAUCACCAGACAAAAUGUCGCAGUACUAUGCUGUAUGGAUUUUUUCAUCCACCCCUUUUAAAUGGUCAGGCUGUAAAAAAUCUACCUGAACAGCCCGCCCAAGUAAAAAAGGAUAAUACCCCCCUUUAAACAUUUUAGUCGUGUUUAUUGGCUGGUCAGGCCUUUGUACAAAGACGGUCGGUGGUCAGACAGAAGUCACCUGGUCUAUUGGUCUCCCAGAAUAAGGAAACUUGUUGUCUCACCUAUUGAUCUGUCAUCUUAUCAGACUACUGCAACCUUUCGUCCAGCCUCUGUCCCUCCUUCUCCUCGUGUCAUUUGCACGUCCUUCUUGCAUUACUUGACAUACAUGGACACCGAGUGUGUGUUCCCGAAGAUGGGUAGAGCCAAACAGCUCAAGCCCAGAAAAGCAGAAAAGGCUGACAUGAUUGGUGCCGAUUGUUGCUAACUACUCGGGGUCUGGAUCAUUAGCAUAGUGACUUUUUUACACUGAUGCAAAUAUGAAGCUAUGUUGACUGUUUUUUAAGUUAUAUUGUUGUCGGUCUGACCUUGCUGUUUUGACUCUUUGUAGGCCUUUGUGAAGGACGUUCAAGAGGGAUCGGUCACUGUGGCAUUUGAAAACAAGUGAGUGACGCACAUACACAACAAACUACAAGAUUCUGAAAUGUGACCUUAGGCUGAUACUGAUUUUGUAACCAUGUGUGUGUUUCUUUGUCACAGUUGGCAGCCAGAACGUCAGAUUCCUUUCCAGGAUGUGCGUUUUCCUCCUCCAACAGGGUUCUGCAAGGAGAUAAAUGAGUGUGACGAGGUUGAGGUGAGACUGACUUCAUAUUUGAGACGAGAGCCAGAAAACCAGUUAAAUGACAAACAUGGCCACCGAAAAAAUUCAGUCUAUGUAAAGGACUAAAAAGUGAUUUGGCACAUACGGGUACAGUUAAAGAAUAACAUUUUAUUCAAAAAGUGAAACCUAUUUAUUCUAGAUUUAUCACACACAAAGUCAAACAUUUUAUGACUUACGUUGUUUGAAUCUUGAUGAUGGCGACUCACAGCUCACAAAAGAUUCCCUAUUUGAGAACAAAAGAUUUAUUACAGAACUCUGACCCAGAAAAAUGAUUUUUUUUAACAGACACAUUCAGGAAAAAUGAGGUUCAUUUAUGCAUUCAGCACUUGUUUAGGACUCCUUUUGCACAAUUACUUCUGAGAUCCUCUACAAGGUUCAGGUCAGGCUAGUUAGCUGGACAGUCAAGCAAAGUCGUACCACAGUCGACAAUCCAGUUUCUGGUGAUUCUGGCGCUGUAGGCAGGUGCCAGAAGAGGAAAUCUGUGUCUCUACAAAUCAUCUCAGCAGGUGAGGCCAUGAAGGUCUCUGAAAUCUCCUGAUAGACUUUAGGCUGUCCUGACUCUGGACCCGAUCAAACAAAAAAUCAAAAAUAUGCAGCCACAUUUUGAUUUAUUUAUUUUUUUAACCUAACCCGUACCCUAACCCAUGUUCGGGUUAAAGUUGACAUUAAAAGAAAACUUUGGAAAUUAUUGAUCUUGGUCUCAAUUUUUUUUUUUUAACAUUGCAAAACACUGGCAUUUUAACAGGGGUGUGGGGAUUUAAAUAUCUACUGUAUAUAGUUACCUAGGUAUAGAUAUGGACAUAUAUAGAGGGAUAGACACACAGAUAUAGAGGGUUUAAAUUCAGAUAUUGUAACACCAGUGUUUUGGUCACGGUUUCCAAGCUCUGUAUAAUGUCCUCUUUGUGUGUCUGUGUUGACAGGUAUAUUCCAGAGCAAACGACAAGGAGCCGUGUGGAUGGUGGCUGGCCAAGGUUCGCAUGGUCAAAGGGGAGGUAGGGUCCAGACUGUUUUCCCUAUCAUUUUUUAAAGUAUUUUACUCACUCAUGAAAACUUAAACAUUUGGAUUCUCUGGAAUAUGGAACUGGGUGUCAGGAUUUAUAUCACACCUGCCCCCCUGCUGAGUACAGGUGAACAGUACUACUAAGCAAACAAGAGCAGCCUGACCACAAACCAUCUUUGAGGACAGUGCAGAGAGAAGAGAGGGCCCCACUACUAGGGCAUGGGCAAUAUGGCCUCAAAUCAAUACCACGAUAUAUUGAGCAGUUCACCUCGAUAACGAUAAAUGGACGAUAACUACUUCACAAGCUGCUCACCACCGCCCACAUUUACUUUGUCUACUUCAGCCGCUACAACUUUUAAAUCGUCCUCUGUCUCCUCACCUGUUUUUCCCUCUUUGUUACGGACUGGAUGGGGUGGAGUCACGUCUCAUGUCUUAAAGGGACAUGAGACCAUAGCCUACCCACACACAUCAAAAAACGACUUUUAUUUAUUUACUUUUUGACACCAAAUAUAUUGACAUGGGCAAAAUGACGUUGGUUAUUGUCAUAAAUGUCUGUAUCGGUAAAUUUUCGGUUUAUUGCCCAGCCCUACCCACUACUGUUGCAUUGUGAUACAUGAUAUUGUUGUCCAUGUUUUCCUGCGACCAAAUGACUGAGAAGUUGUUCUUGUCUCUGUGUUUGUAGUUCUAUGUAAUAGAGUAUGCAGCAUGUGACGCUACAUUAAAUGAGAUUGUGACACUGGAGCGGUUACGGCCAGUCAACCCAAAUAAACCAUCCAACAAAAGCACCUUCAUCAAGAUCAGGCUUGAUGUCCCAGAGGAUUUACGGCAAAUGUAAGUUUUUCACAUGGAUAACAGAUACAUCUUACUAAAGUCCACUAUUUAUCAGAUGAAUUCCAGCACUUCUAGUGUUUAGAAUCUGAGCGUGUCCAAAAAAGAAGUAAAGGCACUGGCUGUGUAGAGAUCUAUUUUACAGGAGCAGCAGAGCUAAUGUCCAGUGCUGAGUGUAAGUGUAGAGAAAUUCCAGCACAGAGGAGAGAGACCUAAAACCUUCGCCCUCGAGCCUUAGUAGCUUUUAAUGUUGGUGUCAGGACACUGAAAAUGAGAACCUGUGAGAAACUUCUGUCAGAAACACCCAGUGUCUGUUAAAAAGUGACAAAAUAACCGGAGAACAGAAGCUGCUGAAUUUACUAACUGAUACAGCAUGCAUGUUUGAUAACCUGUCCAUACAGGAACCAAACUCUUACCACACAAAUAUUUAGGCGAGCUCUCUUGUUUUUUUUUUUAAAUCUCACAAGUAAUACUUUAUUUUCCCUUCAGUAAAUUUAUGUGGCUACACAAGUACCUUUUUUUUUUCUAUUUUGGUGAUAUUAGACAGAACAAGACAAGUGAGUGAACAUACAACUACAAAAUCGUACAAACAGGUUAACGCCCAAUAAUUUAUUAACAACAUUCAUUUAACAUUGUUCAGCGUGUUUGAUCAUGUUAGGGUGUGUUUGCGUGCGUGUGUGCACACUUGUACAUAAUGUAUGUAUAUAGAAAAGUAAAAUUAAAGAAACAAGGAGAAAAGGAAAAAAAAAAAAAAGGCGAUCAUUUUUACAUGCAUGUCUGUGCUGGCAUGGAAAAAGGCCAGUGAGUUUGUCACCGAAAAAAAUGGAACAGUAUUUUACUUGCUCUACAAAAACGAUCCAUCCGGACAUGCGCCUGUUCUUAGAAAUGACUUGUGUUACUCUGUGUUGACAGGUGCUCCAAGGAAUCAGCGCACAAAGACUUCAAAAAGGCUGUGGGAGCGUUCAGUGUCACCUACGACUCUGAGAAAAAGCAGCUAGUCAUAUUGGUGUGUAUCAAAGUUUUAAGAACCGGCUCCAUGUCUGGCAGGGACACCCUGUAUGAGACUGUAACCUCUACUAGUGACAAUACCCGAGUCAGAUUGUUUGUGUGGUUAAAGCUGUUGUUGUUGUUUUUUCCACAGUCGGUGAAUGAGGUCACAACAAAGAGGGCCACCAUGUUGAGUGACAUGCACUUUAGGAGUCUUCGCACCAAACUCUCUCUUAUGCUUCGAAAUGAGGAGGCCAGCAGACAACUGGAGGUAGAGACACACUUAUUAAGGGGACUUGGAGACAGCUGCAUGGGUGUAAAUUGGUCAUUUUGCAGUUGAAUAUCAUUGAAUAUAUAAAAGAGACUCACUCAGGAGGCAUUAACACCUCCUUCUCUCUUAAUGGUGAUGAUAACAUUGUUUACGUUCUUCUCUCAUUCCCUCUAUGUUGUGUCUUUUAGAGCUCCAGACAGCUGGCGUCCCGGUUUCAUGAACAGUUUGUGGUUAGGGAUGACCUGAUGGGUCUGGCGAUCGGGACUCAUGGGGCCAAUAUUCAGCAAGCGAGAAAGGUCCCUGGAGUUACUAACAUAGACCUGGAUGAGGAAACGUGCACCUUUCACAUAUAUGGAGAGGUUCAAUGGCCAUACCAAUACUAAUGUCCCUAUGUAGAAUAGGAUUGCCUUGAGUGCAGUGUUCCUUACAUUCCACGUAUGCUGUAUUUCUGUAUGGUUGACUUUGAAACUUUUGCCACUCAUAUUUUCCCACAUACAUCUCAAACCUGAAAGUAACUCAAAUGUAACAGACUGUUGUUUGUCUAAGGACCAAGAUGCUGUCCGUAUGGCGAGGAGCUUUCUGGAGUUCUCUGAGGAUGUCAUCAAAGUCCCCCGGAACUUAGUAGGUGAGACUGUCACUCCACACGGGCACUGAGGGUUUUCAUUUCAUCCAUGAAAGAGUUGAUCAGACUAUCACAGCAGACAGUGAGUGAGUUUUUUGCCUUAACAGGGAAGGUGAUCGGCAAAAACGGGAAACUGAUCCAGGAAGUAGUCGACAAAUCUGGAGUCGUGCGUGUUCGCAUUGAACCUGAGAGCGACAAAAAGCCCCUGGCAGCAACAGCAGCGGACGAGGUCAGUGUGUAGUGUUGUAAUUUAAUGUUACAUUUCAUGUUUGAUUGAAUUGAUAAUUCAUUAUUAUUAUUAUUAUUUCUAGUUAAAAGAAUUGAUUGACAAAUUGCAUGAUUUACACUACAGAUGGAUUGAUUUAAUUGAACAGUUUAGUAUUGCAUUUCAUGACGUUGCUAAGAGAACUGCAUUUCCCAUGCUCCUUUGCUACCGGAUGUUAGAGAGAAAUGCCGGGAAAUUUUGUGAUCGGAAAACGUGAGCCUUCUAGUAGUUCAGACUACAGAGCGAUAGCUGAGUGAAUGUUUAUUUUCUCCAUCUGCACCUUUAUUUGUAACCCCUUUUUUUCUUAUAUAAAUGGCAAGCAACUGCACUUGAUUUCCGUCGUCCUGUCGAUCCUUUUGAACAUUGUUAAUCUAUAUGUAGGAAAGACUGAAGACUCUUCUCACAGAAGCCCCAUAGUCUUGAUUUACAGACCUCUGACCUGAAAGUGAAGAUCGUCAAAAAAGUGACAAUGAUUUAAGAUUAACCUCAGUGUCUCUUACAGGGCAUGGUGCCAUUUGUAUUUGUGGGGACUAAGGAGAGCAUCUCCAAUGCUACUGUUCUGCUGGACUAUCACCUCAACUACCUUAAAGUGAGUAUCAUCAGGACUUCUGAACCUUUGACCAUUCAUACCAGGGUAUUAAGGGGUUACAGCUCUCCAUUGCAGUAACAGGUUCCCAUCAGUUUCAGAGAUGUGAUGAUUGGCAGGAACAACAUGCUCCCAUGCGUUACAUUCCUCCCUUUAUCAGCUCUCUUUAUGCGUGUCUGCCCGUGAGUCCAGGCGCUGAAAUGACCCUAAAAGUGCAAAGAGACUAUUAUAUAAAAGGUUUACAGCAAACAAGACUCAAGGGUCAAAUCUGAUUGAUUCAUUUCAAAGUCUGAGUUUUCACUGUCACAAACUGGCUUUAUUUGAACCGAGCAAGGUCUGUUAGGUCUAACUGACCAUGCCACUUUAACCCAGUUUAGACCAGUGUACAGUCUGUGGUUGGGACCAGGUAAUGUCUUUUCCCUGGAUGAAUGAGAACCUACUCAGAGAACUCUGGCCUGUCAGCAGCCACGUUUACAUGUGGAAAAUUUCUUGAUCCGAUUAAAAUUUGAGGGAUCGGAUAAUCUGAAUCCAGUUCAGAUUAUCCGUUUUUAAAAAUGAUGCGCAAAAUCAAAUGAUGCGAUCAUGACGUGCGUUUACAUGCACCAUGCUUUGUUCAGAUUAGAAGGAUUUGGACAUGCACAGAGUUGUCAAACCAACAAACGCGGUAGUGACUCACUUCAUCCAGUUCAGGAUUUUCCUCCUUGUUAAAUGAUGUCACUAGAUGGCGCUCUUGCUUACUUAUUUUACUGUUCUGUCAAAGGUUGCACUGUGCGUGCAGAUGUGAUGCUUUUGAUCGAGCAUUUUUAUUCCGAUUAUUUGUGCCCAUGUAAACACAGCUAGUGAUGUCCUUAAAUCUAAAAUGCCUAAUGAAAAAACCAUGAAGAGGACACUGAACCAUGAACUGUCAAAUGCGUUGUUGCAUUCCCAGUUAAGACCCGUCAGUGUUGUGAUGACUCACGUUCUCACAAUAAGUCACGUUCACUCCAGAUCUUACAUACAUUUUUUCACUCCAAAUCUUACAUCAGUGUUUUCGGGAGCAAUAGGUCUCCAGUAAUAGACACUAAGAAUAAGAACCGUUUACCUGGACUUGUCUCCAUCUUUGGACACAAAUAUGACAGAACAGGGAAGAGAGAGAUUCCUCAGACAGGCAGAGCUGCCAUGUCUCUGCCUCCUGAGCAUGUGUUCUCUGCCGCAGGGCUCAUUGUGACCUGGUUGUGCUCUGUACUGAGGUGCCAGGUCAAGAAAAAAGGGGGCACAUGCCAUUUGGUGUGCACAGAUUUCAAAUCUUUACUCACUGUUUCUGAACUGUAGUCCUACUAAAACCAGGGGAAUGCAGACUGAAAGAAGGUCUACCUGUAAAGUAAUCUUUCCCAUCCUUUAUGUCUGCAUCUACAUGAUGAAUUGAACUGCAAAGCCGGUAAUUAAGUUCAUUAUUUUAUCAACAGUAUGACAGCAUCACUGUGACUUUUUACUCCUUCCAGGAGGUGGAUCAGCUUCGUCUGGAGCGCCUUCAGAUUGACGAGCAACUCAGGCAGAUAGGGGGUGGAGGAGGAGGGACAGGGCCGAGGAACCCCAAAGACAAAGCCUUCGUGUUUGAUAAUGGCGUUGGGUUGGGGAUUAGUAGAGGAGCAGGAGGAGGAGGCAAGCCUUACGCUGGAGGACGAGGAGGCAGAGGGCGAAGAGGCGGCGGCGCAGCUUUCACCUCAGGUCUGGUAAAAUAACAUCUGGAUAAAAAACAGAACAUCUGAAAUUUACAUGAAAUUCUCUUCUGCUGUGUGUUCUGUAAACAUUCAUAUGUAGAAAAAAGUGAUAUUUUUAGAGAGGUUUGGUUUAUUUGUAAAAAUGUGACGUGUCUGUUUUUUAAUUCCUAAAAAUGAAUUGAGUUUGUACAAAGAGUUGUAUCACAGGUUAAUGUUGAAACCAAAUUUUUUUGAAUUUAUUCGACUUCAAGGCACCAACUCAGAAGCAUCAAAUGCAUCAGAGACAGAGUCGGACCACAGAGAGGAGCUCAGUGAUUGGUCCAUGGCCCCAACCGAGGAGCUGAUGACAGGAGGCGGGACCCUGCCCAGACGAACAGAUGGGAGGAAGAGAGCGGGAGGUGGAGGGCCUCGUGGCAGAGGAGGGAGAGGGAGAGGAGGAGGGGGUUACAAAGGUUGGUAGUGAUUUCCAUUUGCAGUCACUGGUUCACUUGGAGCAGGCAUGGAGUCUAUAGACUGAGACUCAGGACUUGUCUGUCUUCCUGUAGGUGAAGACAUGCAGUGGAGUGACCCAAGACCUCGUCAUGCAAGAGACCCGAAGCCAAGAGUUCAGGAAGAAACACUACAGGUAACACAAACACAGAGACAGACGUGGCUUUGUGUGGAAAGAAAGCAGAUCCUGCUUAUAUUUGCUUAUAUCUGGGGACCAGAACUUCAGACUUUCCUAUUCCACUGCAGUCCCGGAACUGUCUGGAAAGACCCUUUUAAAGAUCCUGAAGUGAAGGCGAAUUAUCCCCAAAAUAAGACACACUGGAAAAGGAAAUUCGUUAUCACAUCAGUUUUGCUCCAUUAAGAGGGAGAGCUGAACAGUAAUCUUGUGUAAAGCUAAAUAGAGCCGACAGAUAACCUGAAAGAAUAUGAAUUUGAACCUUUCUGAUAGUUGAUUGUUUUUGUCCGUGAAAUUUGUCCAAAUGUUUCUGAUUCUAGAUGUUGACCCCUAAGGAUAUGCUGUGUUGACAGUCUCUAGUUUCUGAACUGUGGCAGGUCCAAACGAAAAACUUUGUGGAUCCUUAAGUUUGCACACAAGUGACAAUAUAUCUGUAUUAACAUGUUUUAUUAAACGUUUCUUUGAUUUACAAACUUCUUGAGCUCAAACUCAGGUGUACUGCAGCUCCAUAUCGCCCAUGUUAUUAAACGACACCGGGUUUCCUUUUGCUGGAGCCCUUUCACGCCUGUGUGGGAGAUAUAAAGCUGACAGCAGCAGAACAAGCAGCCUGUGUGUACGGCCGUACGACCCAUGCUGCAGCUAUCUUACGUCCGCUGUGGAGAAAACUACAUGAUGCUCUUGCAUUAGCAAACUUUAAACAAUAUGAUGCAAAUGAGGUUAUUUUUUCAUGGAUUAGUCAAUUUAAAGGGAUAUUCCGGCAUAAAUUUGAGUUAGGGUCAAACACCUGUUGGGGGAGCCUUGACGAGUCGAUCCCUGAGUACAGCAGAGUUUUGCAGCUCAAGGAAGAACAUUUAUGAUUAUUACUUCAUGGAAAUGCAAUCAUGUAAUAAUUAUAAAUUUUCAGCUGCACUCUGUCAUCCACUCGUUAGGGCUCCCCCACAAACAAGGGGCUGCUGGAGGAGAGUGGGUGAGUUGUGUUUGGUCUCUUUGCUAAAGAAAUCAGGCAAAACUAAAAAGAUGUUUGAUGGCUAGUGCUAUAGCUGGGACUCUAUAUGUACUGUUGAUGAAGUUAGGUGCUAUUCUGAGCAUUAUUUGUGGCUGUAGAGUGGCUUUUGGGAUGAGGUUGGCCAAGGAGAGGUAGACAUCGUUACUAAAGUUGGUAUAACUAAAGAAGCAAGCGGUCUGCGACAUUCGUCUCUCGAGGGGUUGUCUAACUCGGUGUUCCGGUGUGUUUGACCCUAACUUAAUUUUAUGCCGGAAUAUCCCUUUAACAGCUGUUAUAUUUGUCUCUACUGAUGGGAUUAAUAUAUUUACCUUGUGAACUGUCAAACAUUGUCUUUUGCCUGUUUUUCCGACUAAAUCUGUGAAAUUAGUUUCAGCUCACACGCCUGUGCAGCUGAAGCAGACAAGGUUUUGUUAAACACGAUGAACAGACUGAUUUGUUGACCUACAACAACAACAACAGGAAAUCAUGAUGUGCUUUGUCUCCCUCAGAUCUGUGUGGAUGGUAACAAUGAGCGCAGUGUGCAGCACUCCUCAGGAGGGCGAGGUCAACCCUCGACCCAGGGUGGCAUCAGUGGCUGCGGCGAUGGUCCUUCUCGCCAUCACCAUCAGAGACCCAUCAGAGACCGAGGCAUGAAGAAAGAGAAACACGACGCCCCUCCACUGGUGAACGGGGUGUCGUAGAAGCAUCAUUUGAGGACCUUCUCACUUAGACAUGCACUCAGAAAACCACACACCUGAUUCUGUCAUAAACCAUAGUAGAGUGUAGUCUCUCUCUCUCUCUCUCUCUCUCUCUCUCUCUCUUUUUCUUUCUUUGUUUUUGUCAAACACACCAGUACACAUACUUCAUCAGCCUGGUUUGCCAUUGUGAAGUUGAAGACCAGAGUUGACCUGUUACCUGCUGGUCUCCUCUCGGGUUCUGAGUGUCCUGUUCUGGUAUUUUCUCCACUGGUGUGGUUUCUACCUUGCUUCUCUGGAGUGACGGUUAAAAAAAAAAGAGCACUUUUUGUACAAAAGGAAAAUAAACGGAGUGGACUUACAGCACAUCACUCACAGAGACAUGACCCUGAAUAUGUUCCUCUAACCUUCAAAUACAAAUGUGUUUUUGUUUUAUAUUACUGCCAUGUAUGGAUUUUCUCACGGUAGGGCAUGAAAUAAAUCAAACCAAUUGAGGACGUCUUAGUCUUUCAGGAAAACCUGAAUUAAGGUCUUUUAAACCAGGAUCAAACUGUCUCCCCCUCCUCCAGCUCAGUCUGUAUAUUUGCUGCCUCACGUGGCAGUGCUCAUUUAGUCACCUGUAGGUGAUGUUCCAGAGAGACUCCACUGAUUAACUCCAGAAGACUGUUUCUCAGCAGGUGUAGAUGUGUUUGGUGUCGCUCAGAUCAUUUAGAUCAUUUCUGUUCAUGGGAAACACAGAGAGGUGUCUGCUGACAGCACUUAGCUUUUCAUUCUUCUUUAAUAGUUACUCAAGGCCUGACCACCAUGUAGCAAAUUGAACAAAUAAAAUUUCCUUUUGGGAUCAACAAAGUAGAGAGCGAGUGAAAUGUCCUUGGUUCAGAGCCAAAGACUCACAGAGCUUUGAGAAGACAAUGGAAGUAUAAAAGUAUUUCAUUCGUGACAUUAUCUCUGUUUACUGUGGAGAUGAUACAGAACCCUUAGUCUUCCCAACAGUGGGUCCAAUGGGCCCACAAGAUGCAUCAAUGGAAAACAUAAAUCUGAGGCACUUUGAUGCAACUAUUGAACAGCCAAGGUACUGUCUCUGUGGAGCCUUUUACAGACGGGAAAGUAUCAGUGAGCUUCCCUUUACAAUUACAAACUUAGCGUGUGGCCGGCCCACCAAGACAGCAGUUCUUGUAAAUUCACAGCAAAGCUAAAUUUGAGCUGUUCAGGAGCACAGUUUGGUCCACAGACUACAACUUCAGCCUUGACUGACCUGGAACAUCUCCUGGGGGUCUGGGUGAACAGGAAGCAGCUCCAUGUCAUCACUGUGUGGACAAGCAGAAGAUGAACUGUAAAAUACUGUCAGGGAGGUUUUACUGGGGAUUGUACAGAAACAGAAACACUUUUUUUUUUUUUUUUUUUUAAAUAAUUUCUUUGAUUUGUUGAUGUAGUUUGUACCCCAGGCUUCAUUUAGAGUCAACCUUCAAACUUUGAUGAUCAUGUUUGGACAUAGGUUUGCAUAAAAAGGACUGUUUGAUGGAUGAGUGUUGUUGUUACAAUAAAAACUGUGGAUUGGCUUUAAUAAUCAUGUGAAUCCUGCAAAAUAUAAUGAGCCUAGAGGUGGAUGAAAAAUGAAGGUACUGUGAAUUUUCAAACUCAGACUAAACUGUAUAUUUACUUUGGUGUACAGUCUCAGUGAACUGCUGUGAUACCGUCUUUGGACACAGCAGCCCUUUGGAAAGGCCCGCCAGAACCGACAGCCUGACUGAUGAGGGUGUUUCAUAGUUGGCUUGGGUAGAUAGCUGGACUUCCUUUGGCUGGUUGUAUUUACAUGAUGUUAAACAGUUUAAUGAGCACAGAAACUUUUGUUUCCUGACAAAGAUGAGGAUCAGUCAGGGUAAAGGUAGCAGCCUCAUCAAUGUAGUCAGACAAUUACAUGAGUGUUUCUUUUGCAUGUGGAAACUUCUGUGCUCCACAGUGUGUUUGUUUGGACUGAGAGGGACUUGGUUUUUGUAGGAGAAACACUUCACUGAGGUUAACCUUUGCAAAAUAAAAGUGGUCCAAAUUGUUAUUCCUGAUGGUUUCCAACUUGCCCCGGCUUACCAUGGAAAAGGACCCUGAAGUCAACCUUUGUGCAUUAAUCAGUUCUUUUUAUUUCUCCCUCUGUUUUGUAAAUGCCACACAGAAAGAGGGCAAACACUGACAUUAAACAACUGAGGUCAGACUUCCAGACAGUAACUCUUCAGGUGUUAUAAUUGUUAACAGUUUUCUAUUUCAUGUAUGCUCAGAUAGAUUCAUGAAGGUAUCAUCCCCCCAAAAUAGUAGAGAUUCAGUUCAAGUGGUAUGAAGGGCUUUUACGACCAUUUGCAGUUGGAUCUGUCCUCAAUUAUACUCUUACGUUUUAACUCUCUGCAGUAGUUAAGUGAGAGGGGCAAAUGUGGAGAGUCUUUGAGAAAUGUUUGAGGGAGAUUGACAGUAAUGUUGGUUAAACAUAAAAAAAAUGAAAAAGCAUCAUCUCGUCUCCUGGCUCCAACAGCAGAGUCCAGAGUCAAACUCAGAGUACCAACGAAGGGGCCAUCUUAGAAUUUUUUAUUUUUUAUUUUCAAAUAAAAAUGUAACAUCAGACUGAUUAAUCUUGUUAUUGUACAAUAAGAAGUCGCAUUUAAAAAAGCCACUUUGCCCCAUCUUCAACAGACUGUAAAAGACGAAGACAUGAUUCAGGAAAAACCUGUAAAGAUUUUUCCAUCAAGCUCUCAGAGAAACUCAAAAAGAAAUUGUAAUGUGCCUUUAGUUUUGGUUAACAUGGUAAUUCAGAUAUGAAAAUGUCUAGUGGUAUGAACAAGAAUGGAUAACAAUGCGGGUUGUUGAUUGACCAUUUUUUCAGACUAGUUUGUAUUUACUGAAACGUAAAGGACUACGACUCUACUGACCCACCUGCCCCCUAAUCCUCCAUCAGCUGAUGUUCUGCCCUUUAUCGUGUCCACAGAUGGAAAACAUCGACCAGUAUCUGAUGACCAGGAUGAUUUCUCCAGUCACUUGUUAUCAUGUAACAUCAGCUUUAUCCUGGGACUUUUUUAAACUGUAAAUUCAGGACCCCAAAAUCAAAGCUUGCCACUCCCUCCUCAGAAGCCACUCUUAUGCUCCAGUAUGCUUGAGGUAGCAAACUGGUUUGUUCUGGUCUGACUAAACUCCCUUCUGGAUUUCAGAGGUCCAUAACUGAUUAGAGGCAGUGGACCAAGUGAGGUCUCUACCUUACAAUGUUGUACCUUUUCAGCCUUGCAGUGCAUGUUAGUAUUUAUCAUUUUUUUCAGGACAUGUUUGAUAGUUUCUGACAGAUAUUUUCAAAUCUGUGUGUUUUUUUUUCCAUUUCUUCUUGACCUGAGUUCAGCAAAAGGUUCCAGUGACAGUUACUUUUUAUAGUCACUGACUUAAACUUUGGUAAAUCGCUGAGGGCAAUUUCUUGUAACUUUUGAAUCAUGUCACUUUUGUUCCUUGGCUGACUUUUAUUUCUAAGAUGUAUUAUUUGUGUUGGUUUCUUGCCCAGCAGCCUGUUUGGGUCUUGCCCUCACAUUUGCUGUUCACACUAUAGUCAUCUGCAUUUUGUUAGCAGUCAGCACUCUCUGCAGUGUAUGGAGGAAUGGCUGCAGUGAGAGUGAGCGCAUUAGUUUCUGUGAAGCAGUGACAGAGCAGAGCUGCUUUUGAAGAAAGGAUGGCAUACUGUAAAUAGUGAUUUUACUGUUUGUCUAACAAAAGAUUUGUAUUCUUGUUUCUUAUGUGCUCUUCUCUUUCUUUGCUGUUUCUUAUGGGUUAAAAACUAGAAGUAUUGAUAUAGACUAAAUGAUGUGUAAAAAAUAAAUAUUCUCUAUGAUAGUUUGGACACGUAUACAGCUGUGAUUCAUAACCCAUCGGUGAUUGUGCAGCAGAAGCAGGAGGAGUUGAUUUUAAAAAAUCCACCUUAAAAUGAAGUUCAUGAGUGAAAAACCACUCUGACAUGUCCGAUCUCCCCAGGGUCAGGGUUUCAGCAGGUUUCUCCUGUCUUAGUGCGAACAGUUACAGACAUGAGUAACCUAGUUUGGUAUAAGGACUAGAAGCCCACAGACAGAGGGACUGCUGGUUAUCUAACAGGUUAUUUAUUGAUUUCAUGUUUUUUUUUCCUAAAUAUCCACAGAAAUCAAAAACAUGUUUUUAAGAACUUUUUACAUUUCUGUAACAGACUCAGUAAGAGACCUCCACAAGCAGACACAGGCCCUUUUUUGAACCUCUGACACAGCCAGACUGGAUGUUUUUCUCCAUCUUUUUGUAGAUCAUGAGACGCCAGCAGGCUUGUAGCUAAGUUUCACAGAUUUGAGGACAGUAUCAUCAAGUCUUCUCACUCUUUAUUUUCAGAUGAAAUAAUUCUCUUUACCCUUAUUAGAAAACAAACAAACACACAAACAAAAAAUGAUCCUUCUCCACAGUGAAUCAGCUUAUAAAAAAUACAUCUACACUUAAAUAAAGUAAAAAACAGUUUUAAGGUGGAUUUUCACUCUAGUUUUUACUCACCAUAAAUAAUUACAGAUUAGUUUUCCCAGACAUUUCCUUAUUCUAUACUACACAGCUCCACAGAGCUCAAACAUUUAUAAUGGCUUCAUUGUGUCACAGCAGUGAUAAUAAAUACGGCUGCCCUUCAACAUGCUUGUUGGUGUUUAUGACUGUACCUCUGAACACCAGGUGUGUUAAACUGGACAGCUGCUUCACCAGUUUGAUGACUUUGUAAUGUUUUCACUUGAGUUAGAGGGAAGCUAGCUAACACUGAUGCUAACACUGAUGCUGGGCCAAGGUUCAAUAUAAUAAUGAUGACAAUUACCAAAAGAUAAGCAGCUGGGAAGGCUGAAACACUUAAACCCUGCAUGGUCCUGUACCAAAGACUCUCCUGGCAGCUGUUUCUCUGUUGCUCAUGAAAAGAGUCUCCGUAGAUGGUGGAGAAGAUCAUGGCAGAAACCUAUUUGGUAUGAAGCACUUCGAAACACUUAAAAUGUGCUCAGCAAGGAUGUAUACUAUCAUCAUUUCUAUUGGGGGCUUGUUGACCAAUAGGAGCUCUAAAAAACAAAGUUUUAAGACCAGCUGCAUGAACACAUUUGUUACCCCGAGCCUCGCUAUGUUGGUUUGGUUCACUGAAGAGGACUUUUGAGUCUUGGUCCUGAGGUGCAGCUUUGUCACCCUGGUUUGUUUGUUGUUUUGGUUUGACUCAAUCCUAAAUGCAGCCCACUGUCAUUUGUUCAUUCAAAUGACAUGUUGGUACUUAAGAAACACCAUCAAAACUCUAUUAAGAGUCCUGUUGCUUUGGAAGAUGCUGUUAACUUACAUGAAACUUGUCAAACUAACACUGAGGACUUCUUCUGUGUAUGAUGUUUAAUGAUGUUCUCCUGCUGUGAAAGGAGAGCAAAGAAAGAUGUGAGACAUCUUUCUAAAGAGCAUGAAAAAAGUGACAGUUUAUCACAUUUUUGACUCAUUCAUGAGAACUGAAUUCAGAUCCUUUCAAGUUUCAUUUCAGUUGACAGUAUUAAUAACCGUGAUGGAAAUGUUUGCUGCUUUUCUCAUGAAAUGCUGUUUCAUGAUGUAUUUGGGGGUUUAUGUAGCAAACGUUGGAAACUGCUUCAUCUCUAUGAACUUUGGUGUACAGAGAACACACUUAUAAUCCAGUGGGGCUGCAGUAGAAAAACUUAAGUUAUUUAAUAUGUAUUUUGCCUGAAAAAUAGUCAUUCUUUGAUUAAAGUUAUCUGUUACUACAACCACAACUACUACAGCAUUGUAGUUUUGAUUUACAGGUCAGCACAGCAACGUUUCCAGCUGAGAGGAGUUCAACAACCAACUUCUUCCACAGACCUGAUUUUGACUCCAGAUGCUUUUUGAGCAUAAAGAAACACAAUGACACAACAACACUGGUGAAAAAUGUGAUAAACUUCAAAUAUAAGAUAAGCAGAAGAAAUACACCCAUGAACUGCGAACUGUUGAGAAAGUUGAAGACUGGAAAACUGUUUUAGAUGACAGUACAUGAAGCCAUCCAAAGCUAAUUAGACUCCACGGUGAAGAUACUCAGCAGUAGAGUGCCAUAAAGUGAAGGUACCUGCAGGUACUGCGACCGGGGCUGUAAAAAAGUGGGCACUUUGUGUACUCUUGGGCAUUUCCAUUUCCUUUCGUUUAUAUUACCAGUAUUUACUACGUUUGGGUUGAUAUUUCUGGUUAUAGUGCAAUAUAUUUUGUAUGCAAGCAGUUUCAAUAAAUAAAGGUUGAUCUUCCGUUAUGAGCUCUGGCUGAUGUAUGCAUUUCACAAGCUCAGGACACCAUUAAAGUGCAGUAAAGUCUGGCUGUUGUCAUGGAUACCAAAGGCUCACACUGCUCUCACUGAUCUAUCCUCACACCUGGAUGUAUAAGGCUUAAUCCCUGGCAUUUCUGAUGGCUUUACCAAAUCAUCCCCAGGGAUUAAUGAAGCAUCAGGUGAGGGUAAUCUAGACGUGUACAUGUAAACAUGUUCCCACCUUUACUGAACUUGCUGAUGAAAAACCCAGAUUAGCAGUUAAUUUCAAAGAAGAGGGCCCUGAGGAGUAAUGGUUGAGUCGCUGUCUCUCUCAGUCCACCAUCAGCUGCUGUGUUCAGCACGGCUCCAUCUGCAGAUAACGUGGUGUGCUUGUGAUGAGAUGCAGUAUGUGCAAACAAGCACAGGUGUGUCCGUGUGUUUGGACUGGACUGGGUUAUGCAGAGGUAGCAAGUAUGUGCGGCCACAGAGCCCAUAUACUAAUACAUACUAAACACUAUCAUUGGGGGUUACACCAGUUAUAUUUUGUAACAGCAUACACAGCUGGUUUUAACGUGGCUGUGGUCAUUUAUCUGUAACUGUAUGAUGUUCUGAGUUUUUUCUUUCAGGUCCUUUUGGAUCUUCUCCUGACAAGGAGACAUUUCAAUACAAUUAAAACUACACUUUAACUGGAAACAUAAAUAAGAUUAGCCGAAGAUUUCAGAACUUGGUGUGAGUAACUCAGCAUCAGGCUGUAAGAGUAACACUGGGUCAGACUGUCUGACUAGGGAAUAGGGAGAAGGUCUCUGUUAGUUUAUGAUGGUUACUGGGUUUGACUGCUGGAGUUAGGGUUAGAUUUGGCUCCUGGAAAAUGAUGUGUGUGAGUCAGGGUCUUUUUCAGGAUCUGGCCCAAGGCCCUCAGACCUGCAGAUACUCCUAAAGGUCUGCCAUGAGAGCUCAGUCCUGAGGGACUAUUUACCAAUCUUUUUCUGCAGAGUUGCACGCGCCUGCACUGUUUCUGUAAGCAUUAAUCUUUCCUAAACUGCUGAUAGGUGGGCUUUACAAACACACACACUGACCCCCUUUUGAGUGAGUUCUCAGUAAACUACUUCUAAGUCCACAUAGGUUCAAGUGAACUAGUUUACAUCCAUACUUCUUUGUUUUUCAAAUCUUUUUAAACUAUGUUCAGUGUCCAAAACAAAGGUUCUAGUUCAUGUGCAUCUAUGCUCUCUCACUUGUGUCUCUGAGCAGUGGUGGAUCUGGAUCUGUUUUACUAAAAAGGGGCAGGCUGGGGCUGUUUGUGGAGUCUGAGGGACAAAAGAGGAAAAAAAAGCAGUUUUCAAGCAGAAACUUUCUCCUCUUUAUUUAGAUGAUAGUUGUAAAGCAGGUACGGAGGAUGAAUUCCUAGUUAUUAUAUCAUAAAUGUAAAAGAAAAAUAAAAAAUGAAAAUGAGGUUUGGCUAAGACUAGAGCUAGGACCAAGACAUUCAGUCCCCUAAAGAUGGUCUCCUCUGUCCUGAUGAUGGGAGGUAAUGGAGUAAGUACUGUACUGAGAGGACAGGUGCUGUAGCAGAUUCAGCUGGACUCCAUCUGCAGUUCCUGAGCAGGUAAGAAAGGAAACAGUCCAUGUGCUUUGAUUUGAAUUUUAUUCAUUUGUUUAAACCAGCUCUGCUGUAGAGUCUUCAUAAAAAAAUAAUGUCCUGCAGAGCUCCUCUAUGAAGAUACAACAUAAUAAUGAAUCAUGUGCGCAUGAUGCCAUCAGACAUUGUUGAUUGUUUCCCUUUAUAGGUCUAGAUGUCCAUCUUCCCUUUGUGCCAAUCCCGGUUCAUUAGUCCACUUGUCUUUUAUUAUAACCACAUCUUCCUUUUCGUCCCUGCCCUGAGGUAGAGGAGCUGCAGCCUCAUCCUGGUCUGGAGAUUCACAGUCUGGGGAGAAAAAAAAAAAGACAAAAAAAGUCAGCAAAAAAGCAAAGACAGCAAAAAAGGAGCAUAUGAAAAUUCAAACUCACAUAAGGUAUUCUGGCCAUCUUUCUCUGGAGGCCACUGUGGUCAGAGCUGCUGUAGAUGUUGUUAUCCUGACCAGGGUCAUCUGCUAACAUGUACAACUCUCCAGCAUGGACAUCAGAAAUAUUGACCUAGAUAUAUAAAGGACAUAUAUUUUAUCUCUGAUUCUGACGAAAAAUGCCUCGAACAUUAACUGAACAUAGAUUCAUAGGUCUCUCACAUGGAUGCAGCUCAACCUGAUCCAACCAGACAGCUCACAAAAGAAGGAAAAGACUUUGUGUGACACACCAACCUGAAAUGUAUUAGGGUUGAAUCCCAGCCACAGAGUGUACCUGUAGUCCCAGGAACGCAGGGAGUAGCCCAUAAUUUUUAUAUCUUGAAGAUCUGGAAGAUCAGAGUUCACCUGGAAGAAGAAUAAGAGUCAGCUAACAUGGCUCACCGCUGUUUCAAAACAACAGCUCCAAAGACUCUCCUUGUUUCACUCUCUUCUUUUCAAGGUAAAUACUUUCAGGACACACAUGAUUCCUGUGUCACCUCUUCAAUAAACCAGAUAAUCCAGAACCCCAGGCAGACUGGGGAGAAUCUAUGAGGAACCCUGAAGAGUGUUUACAACAGUUUUAACCUGCAGCUCUCAACUCGAUUAGUUAUUUUAGAUCUCCCCUACUUAUGAUGGCCCUGGGACAAUCCAGGACACAAUUCACCGCCACCCUCUAACACCAGGUACAGGUAAUCAAACAAACCAGAAUUCGAGGUGGAAACAAGUGUUGUCCUGGUACAGAGCCCUGAGUGACAGCAGAGGCCGGUAUGCCUCAGCUGGUUGAGCAGGUGCUCUUCUUACAUAUUCUACAGCCCUCAUUGCAUUAAUGGAUUUCUGAUCCCAACAUAAUUUGUUGCAUCUCAUUCUCCUCUCUCUCUCUCUCUCUCCUCAUUUUCUGUCUCUCUCUAUCCAAACUAUGUCCCCCAAAAUGUAGACAGCGUGUUAAAGCUUGUGGUGAAACCUGUGGUGUGUCAGCUGGCCGUGGGUACUGGCUGAACGAUAUAGCUUCCUCAUCCUCUCCUCUCUCUCUGUGUCGGAAGGUAUAGGCGAGGUUGUCUCCCUCUGUACACAAGUCCCUCUAGAAGCAAAAACAGACCAAAACAAAAGAAUGUAUGUUAAGAGUCCAUAUUGUUGUUCCUAACUCUCAAUAUCUCUGGUUUGGCUACCUACACUGGGACCAACACUACAGAGAUGGUGAAAAUAAUCUGUUCAAGUUUAACCACAACAAGAUUAUAUGAGUUAGAACCAACAUUUAUACAAUUUUCAAUAAAACAAAAAUGAAACAGAAGACCUUCAAGUUAUUGUCUCUGUAUUCGUCUAACAACGUUGAUUUAGCAUACAGCCCACUGAACUGGGAGGCCCAAGGCAUCAUUACGAGAAGUGGUGCACACUGGCGUUUUUUGUCUGAACAAUAAUCUCAACAAAUACAUUGUGGUUACAUCUGUGAGAUUUUGGCUGUUAAAUCUAAGACCAGUCAAUGUUUAUGUGUCUGAAAACACUGGCAGCAAACAGUAUGCGACCUGCUGCCUUUAACCAAACACAUUGAGAAAACAAAACAAAACAACACAAAAAACCUUUCUACCAAUUUUGAGACUAAAUCAAGUCCACAAAUAUAAAACUUUAACUGAAAGCAAAGAGUAAAAUACAUUUGUCAGUCUUUCAUACCUGGAAAGAAACAUCCGGACAAGGUUCAGGUGCUCUCAAGCCAGCCAGGUAGGAUGUAGUGGGAAAAACAUCCACCAACUCCACCACAUUUCUGAUCACUUUUUUCGCUAGAACAGAGAGGAGUCAGUGAUGCUUACAGUUUUUUGAACAGUGAAAAUGGUCACGGGCAAAUAUCAUAGUACAUCCUCAUAUAAACAGGAUUCUUCAUUGGAAUUUAAUGGCAGUGAGGCAGCAUGCUCUACAUGUGUACACGUAUGAAAUUCAUACAGUAUGUAUACAUGUAAUUUAAAGUUAUUUUCUGAGUAUCUAUGAUGAAGUUGACAGACAGACUGAUAGAUUGAGAGAGAAGGGGGCGGGUCUUACUUUUAAAGUUGAACUUAGAUUGGCUGAAGACAUCAAUAAAGGGAAAGGUUGGCUCCCCCAGCCACUCACGUAUGGUCGUGAUGCCAGGAACAUAGUAUACAAGAGGGACACGUGUAGUCACAUCAAAGUUUGAAUAUUUCGCCCAUUCACCAUGUUCCCCCAAAGACCAACCUGAAGUUUGAUUUUUAAAAAAAAAACAGAUUUAGAAAGUUUUUUGGUCAGUAGAUAUCAAUGAAAGGGUGAGUGUGUGAACACAUCACUGCUAUGCAGUGGUAAAGAAAUGAAAAAUGUACCUAUAACUGUAUUUUCAAUAGAAACAUUUCUAAGUUGUGAACACUCUAAACCUUUGUAAAGAACUCUUUGUGUCACUAACCAUGAUCUGAAGUAAACACCACCAUUGUUGUGUCUGCCAACCUCAGCUCAUCCAGAGUACUAAGCAGCCGUCCCACUUGAGCGUCCAUGUAAGACACCGCGGCAUAAUAAUGCUGGCGGAUACGCAGCUUUAAGACAUGGUUAAGAAUAUUAUUUCUUCUGUUGAGUUGAGGAGCAAGUAAGCCAAAUCAGACUUUAAACAACCGUAACGAGACUACCUUUCAUACCUGGAAUUCUGUGGGUAUUGGACCAUAGGGGAAGCUUAUGUUUAGUUUUUGAACAUCAUCUCUCUUUCUCACAUCCAACCAAGGAUUGUAGGCUACAGAUGGAAGGAGUCGAGGGACUUGUGGAUCAGGGGCUAAGGUCAUUUGGUCUAGAGGAUACAGACUUAAGAAUUCCUGAAAAACAAGUCACAAACAGGGUCACUCAACCAGGUUACAAAUCUAAAUCAAAAGGCAGAUGUGCAUUAUUGUGAUCCUCAGUUGUUAAGUUGGUUUGAAGUCAGUAAUUAUGUGAAAAUGCAGCAGGCAAUCCUGUUGCCCUUGACUUCUCUCUGUUUGCUUUAGUUCCCAAAAAUCAUAAUGAACUUGGUGACAGAACCUUCCUUUAUCAGGAACUGAGAGCACAGCGAGUUUCAGAUUUUUUAGGACUUGGAUUUCUUUGACCAACAAGCUCUAAAGGUGAUCUCAGAGGUUUGUGGCAUACUGCUCGUGAGCUUUUUAGGAACAGCACUUCUGAUUAAGAUUACUUCAUACAAGGUGGUGGAGUGAGGUCACAUUUUGUGUACAAAGCGUGCUCACACGAAGCUGGCUUGACCUGUUCCCAUCCUCAUCUUGGAUUUUGGAGGGAUUGAGUGAUGUCAGUAAUGAACUGAAGAUAAUGAGGCGGCUAAGGAAAGAUGUAUCAGUCACAUCAUUUUAGACCUAAAAUCUGUGAACCUCCAACUUUCAAGUUCAAACAAACAUACUGAGUUUACACUCAAGCUGAAACAGGACAGUCUCAAGUGUUAAUACAAGCUCAGUCACAACAUAUGUGUGAGAUGUUAUUAAUGCACCACUAUUUCCAUUCUGUUAAACCAGCUAAUACGCUCUUAAAUCAAUAAAUAUUUUCUGAAACUCGUUUAUUUUAGGCUUGUGGGAGAUUGCAGAGAUGAUGGAUGCCUCACUUGCAUUGAUACCCUCAUGCAUUUAUAUGCUCUAUCUGAUCAUUAAUUAUCCUCCUCCUGCCAUUACAGGUGUCAGAUUUCCUCCUCAUUAUUGCCUUCACGUCCUGCUGUUUUCUCUGUACUGCUGUGUCAAUGUGAUGUGGCCUUUGGGUGACAGUUCAAAAAAAAAAAAAAAAAAAAAAAAAAAGGUGCUUUACUGCAUUGUGCUUUCAAGCCUGCAUGACCAACAUUACCAUGCAAACAGACCACCAAAUCAAGGCAGGUUUAAAGGAAGCGUACCUGGGCAUGGGCUCAUCAACACAUGCUUCCAAAACUGGGCACAGUUUCUCUAGGAGUGCACAGCAUCAGUCAGUUUGGCUUCUACUGCCCUCUGUUGGCUUUGUUUUGCACUGCACCAUAGGGUGUAAGUCUCAAAUCUGUUCUCACAGGACUUGCUGCCCUAGGACAGCAUGAUGAUACUGUAUAUUGCUGUAUUGAUAACUUGAGCACAGCUCUAGUAAUGUGAAUUUUGGGGAUACUAUCACCCUGCACCUUUUAAAUGAUAUUUUGUGGUUAUUUUGUUUAUAGUCAUCAGCAAUAAAACUUUCCCAGCUCUAAUUUCUGACAGUAUGAAAUAACUAAUGUGUGUGUUUAGAGUCAAGAAAUACAGAAGGUAUACUGGUUCAAAUAUUAAGAUGUUUACCUGUGGUAUCCUGAAAGGGAUGUGUGGUUUGUGAAAGCCCACAGCUAAAAAGAAAGGGUCCUUGGUGUUGGCUCUGCUUUUCAGUAACCUCACGGCUUCAUCUGUGCUCUCCAGGUCAGGCAGGGUUCCCCCGGGCUGUUCCGUCACAUUCACUGCACACAGUAAGUUGGUGUGGAGUUUGCCAUCUUUUCCUUUGCAUACCUGUGAACAAAGUUUUUAAAUAUCCAUACCUAACACAUUCACUGAAACAGAGAGAAAGCCACCUGACACCAGGUAAAGUUUUCUUUAAAUUCACUGUAGAACUACUGAUUGGUUAACCUUUUCCCCUGAAUCUCAACAGGCAUGAUAACAUAUCUAGAGUACUUCAGAUCCCUGAACGUGAGGACCACAGUCUAUGGUUAGGACAGACAAUGGAACACCAAUUUUACAAACAAACAAUCUCAAACAGCCCGUCUGAUAAAAGAAGCAGCAAACUUCAGAGGAGGAAAUAAAUGACAGUUUAUUUCUGUAUGCCACAGAAUCUGCUGUGUUAAUUUAGUAUUUUGUCAUGAUCCUAUGCUGUACCACAUGUACACUUCAAAUAAGAUUGAGAGACUGCUGAAAUUAAAAUUUAAUACUUCACAAAUGUUGCAUGGGCCAAGUCUGUGGUUGGUAUGCCAGUUUGAAUGAUAAUUAGUUUGGUGGUAGUAAGGUUUUUCUGUGAACAAGUAUGAUGCACAUACUGGUUUUCAGGAGCCCUGUAGAGUCCAGAUCAUAUCUGGCUUAUAUAAACUAACUAUUAGAGUCAAAAAGCCAUUGUGCUUGUUUUGCUUUACUGUGGUACAUUGGUUUGUUUCAUUUUCUUAUUGUGUCACUUUUGCAAUGUGUACUUUUUUAACUAGAGUGUCAGAUGCAUAAGUGAUUGCGUACUGAAAACAUAUGAAAAAUUGCAUACCUUUUCUUUUUCGUAUCUGAAAGAGGCUGGGUGGAAGGCUGGAGUGGACCAGCUGUAUGGGUAGUCAUCAGUGUGGUUAGAGGCGAUACCUUGAAGAAAAAGCGACACCUUUACUAUGCAGUUAGACAGAAGAAAACAAAAAGGAAGACUUUCAACAUGUAGGCAAGGAAUCCUGCAGAAUUGGCUCUCCUUAAACUCAGUAUUAACCACUGUGUCACAUUUUAGUUCUUGCCUCCCCUCCAGAGUCAUGCAUUCAGCAUGGUACAGCAUUUGUUUGGUGUGCCCUGCAUUAUCCCCCUAUAAGAUUCUGUUGAUAAUAAUGUCCAUGGUUAUGGACCUUACCUGGGUGAAAUACCUUGCCUACAGACAUGGUGAAGUAGCCCUUAGAUUUAAAGUACUGUGGGAUGGUUGUGUAGUUUCCAGAGUGAGCUCUCCAGUAGGAGUUGAAGUCGUAGAGCCUGGUCGUGUCGGGUCUGCGACUAGUCAACAUAGAGAUACGGCUGGGAGCACACACAGCUUGCUGAAACACAGGAGUACAUGAUUGAACGAGGUUAAUGAUCCUGAAGGUCUCACAGCCAAAUUGUCUGUAAUAGAAACUCCGGGAUCAGCAUCCACCAGCGGACUGACCUGAGCGUAUGCAUUGAGAAAAACUUGACUUUUGGAUGCUAGCUGGUCAAUGUUGGGGGAUUUUACCACGGGGUCCCCAUAGCAGCCCAAAGACGUCCGUAAGUCAUCUGCCAUGAUGAGAAGAACGUUUCUCCUCUCUAAAAGCAAACAAAGUCAGGGUUGAAUCCACCUUCUGCUGUUUUUAUUUUUAUUUUUGAAUAAACUUGACAGCAGUGAUUUCAAACACCCUCUGCUGUUUGAGUCGCGGCUGGUGACAAACAGCAGCAUUACGCAACCCUCUAAGAAGCUGCUUCACACAUGACAUUUACACAAACUGUGCACACUUCAUGAUAUUUCCAAAUGUUACGAUACAAACAUUACCUCUUCUUGUUAAGACAGGAAGAGCCAGUGAAAGAAGAAACAGGAGAGGUAGCCAUGCUCGGACACAUGUGUACAUUCUGGUGUGGAAAGAGGGACACCACCAGAGCUUCCGAUGAAGUUUUUAGCCUCAGCUUCCACCUCUACCAUGACCAUAAAUUAAGUACGUCGAUUGGCUUUAAAAUAACUUCCUCGUUACUGCGCAAGCAUAGAGGAAUGUUGUCAUUGGUCGAUUUAGCACUCGACCCGCCUUUAAAGGGUAGUGGCAUUAGCUGGGUGAUGUGUCAAUCAUGUGAGAAACUCCUUUUAACCCACCGACAGGCGUGAUAGAGAACCAAACUCUCUCACUGAAGUGAUGUCUAUUUUUAACCUACACGACAAAAUGAGUUUAUCUGAAACUAAUUUUCCCAGUUUCUCUGCACUCUCUUUGCCGGCCUGCCUUCGGUCUGGACUCUAACCUCAAACCCACAGCUGAAGCAUAAAGGUGAGGGAAUAGUCUGUGGGCCAGCCACAGCUGGGAUUUAUUUCAGCUAUGUCCGCAUCAGAGAGAAAAUACACUAAAAUCCCAUGACAAAUGCACCUUCUCGGAUUUUUGAGGGGAUGUGUAGCUGACCUUUAUUUAUUUAUUUAUUUAUUCAUUCAUCCCUCUCUUUUUCAUAGCAUCAUCCAACAUUUGGAGUAACUUCCCUGACAGACUCGACCAGCUACUGUGACACACAGUUCACCUGUUUUACAUUUACACACAUGUGAUGGUGUGAUUUAUUUAUUGUUUUUAUUUACAUUUGAAGGGCAAUUGCUGUAAAGGACGCCAUUAGUGUUUCUCUCUUUUCUCUCCUCUUUUCAUAUUUGAGGUGUUAACAUAUUCCAAUAAUUACAUGCAAGGUCAAAUCUCUGGAAUUUUUUAGCACUGUAAAACUAACCAUGACAAUGCAAAAAAAAAAAAAGAUUUUUGUAAAAGAUCAGUUCAAUAGAUGUUUAAAAAAGGUUCUCUUAUACUAGGGCUUGAGCUUCAAACACAGUUUCGCUCUUGACAACUCCUCAGCCCGGCAUUACAAAUGCAGGGCUCUCAAGUCUCACGCAUUCAGCGUGUGACACACGCAUUCCCACCCGUUCACACGCUCACACGCCACACACCUCACGCAUUUAAAUGAACAUGGUGAUGUCCGCCAAGUUGCACCUCUUAAACUAUGGAACAGGUAGGAAUCAACUGAGUUCGUCCGAGAGUUCAGAAGCUGCGUGCCACGCGCAAGCCAAUCAAAUAAAGUAUAUCUACUGAACAGCCAAUAAAAAAGCAGUAUUGCUGUAUCCGGGUAGAUUUUGAUAUCUUGCGGUUUGACUACAGAAGAAGACAGACACUCGCCGUAAUAGAGCAGGUUUUUAUAAGGACGAGAUAGACCCGAUGAUUACAGUAAGUCAGUAACCUUCACAUGCAGAGACCUCAACACCUCAUGGCAGAUAAACUCAUAUGAUAAACUAAAGCCCUAUGCUAUUGCUAUUAACAGCUGUAUUGGCGGAUUUAGUCUCUGUACAGCCAUUUCCAGCCAUUUUCCCCUCCACAAAAGCAGCAUUUCUCAUAUAUCUCAAAUAUAAGUUCUGAUACUCAUGACAGUGUAAUGCUCAUGUACCAAAGGAUUAAGUAUCUCCAUGUUUGUGAAACCUAUACUAAAGUACAAUUCAUCUAAAUGCUCCACAGUGCUGAUUUUAACAACUCUCCUUCACAACAGGUAACUUUACGACUUAAUACUGAUAUUAAUGACUUUAUUCUCCCAAAUAAUAACUUUAUUCUUUAAGAUUUAAAAACGUUUUUUUUUCUAAUUGUGCCCCUUAUACUCCGUUGUAUUUAAGAGAUAAUUAUACUAAUAAUUAUCUUCAAUCACGAAAAAUAACCUCCACUUUACUUCGAGAGAUAUUUAUAUUCCAUUGAGAUUAAAGUAAAUUAAAGAUAAUAUUAAACUUUUAGAUAUAACCUACCAGUGUAAGUGUUUUUCUAAAGUAUACAGCAUUUUAAAUCUCCAUGGUAACCUGUAACGAUGUAAAAACUUUAAAUCAUUACAAGCCAAAGAGAGCGGUCAUUUCUGAAGAUCAAAUCUGAAGAGAACAGCACGAAAAACUUAAGCGGCUCACGUCCUUACAACUUUUGACGGCUUCAUCGAAAAUAAAACCUCACCAGACGACCAAGGACUCCGACAAACACCUGUAACCAACACCUGAACAAAGAGGACAACAUCUACGACAUGGAGACCGUAAGAUUUCAUGACAAUAUUAUCAUACAAACUUGUGUUACUGUCGAGACUUUCGUGAUGGUUAAGCGAUGCAUCGACAAGGAUUAAAUGUGUGCAUGGAUAUUUACAGUGUUUAUGACUUUAAUGUGACAGGCAUUAUCAAAACUAGAAAAAAAUUGCAUUUCCUUGCAGAAAAUGCGUGGAAAUGCUGAGUGCUGAAAGCUGAAAAAGCAAUGCUAAACUGCUAAUAAAACAUGGAGGAAGGUUUAAAUGUAAACUUGGUUAAAGAGCUGGAGAAAGAAAAGUAGAAGUUGGAUGAAAGUGAAAAUUGCUGAAGUACAAAUAGUUUGAAUGUGCUUCAUAAAUUUAAAUUGCAUUCAUGCUGAAUAAGGCUAGAAAAACUGUCUGAAAUUGCAAAAAAAAAAUUGGAUAAGGAAGAAAAUUACCUUAAAACACAGAAAAGUAAGAAGCGGCAUAGGUUUAAGUUGAAGUACUAGAAGAAGUUUGAUAAUAGGUAGUUGUACUAGUGAUAUUAGUAGUCAUGUAAGCAGUAGAAGUAGUUUUAGAAUAGAAGUAGAAGUCAAAGCAGUAGAGCUCGUGGUAGAAGUAAAAAAAAUAUUAAGAGAAGCAAGAGCAGUGGAGGUAGAAGUGAAGAUACAAGUUAAAGUGAUAUAAGUAGUAAUUGUAGUGGUAGAACUGGGAUUUUGUUUGAAGAAUUAAAACGUACAUAAAUAAUGAGAAUGAUUUUGAAAUGGGAAAAAUUUUAAAUAAUUAGAAGUCCUAAAGUGUUAAACAGGUUUGAAGUAUCAGAAAGGUUUGAAUCGGUUUGAAUGAGUUUGGAUUUGUCUGACGAAUUUAAUAAUGCAUGAAUAAUGAGAAUAAUUUUAAAGUGGGGAAAAGUUUAAUAAAAAAAAUCCUGAGUACACCCCAUAAUGUCCUCAAUUAGCUGAAAUUUUGAAGCCCAGAAUGGUUUCUGUAGCUCAAAGUUUGUGGGUGGAGAUAGGUGGUGAUGCAGACACAUAUUAACUGUGUGUACAUGCAGGUCUUUUAGACACAGACACAGACACAUGCACACACAUUGUCAGACUGUGUGUGUCUCGUUAAUGAUUUUAUCCUAAACAGCUGUGAGAUCAAAGGCAUUAACUGACCUACUGUUUGAAUGAGAAGCUGCCUCUGGACUUCUUCACAUAGCACGAUUUCCUUAAAUCCCAGAAUGAAAAUAAGAACAUCGUACAAUCCUCCGCCCUGCAUGAACACAAUGAUCUGUUUUUCAUGUCUGUACUCCAAAAAAUGUGGCCACAACAGCAAGUUAAAAGUCUAGACGUUCGGAUGGUUAUCUUAAAAGUGAUGCAUUGACAUCACAUGAAAGUCCUGCCCACCAUGUCAAAGACUCUUCGUGCUUAAGAGCAGAAAAGCUCAUGUUAUUGUGAGAAAUCUCUAUAAGAGAUUUUUUAUGUCUUCUGGGCUAUUUAAAGCCUUCAGUCUGAAACUUAUUUGACAGUUGCUUUUAUACUAACCAAUGCUUUCUUAUUUCUUCUUUAAAUCUGCACAGAAGAGUCAACCCAUUCCUGUAAAAGGAGAAGCUCUGAGAAUUGCGGGCUCGAGUUUCAACAGGAGGUAAGAAACACGUUUAACUUAUGAUGACAGUAAAAUGCAAACUCAAAUUUAUAGGGGUGUGAUUUUAAACAGUAGUUUAACAAUGUGUCUCUAAAACAAUCUUUUACCUCUUUUGCAUUUAAUAUGCAGAGUGUAACAUUUGAAACAUGACAGAGACCUCCCAGCAGAUUAUAAUCUGAGACAGUUCAGAGUUAAAUCUGUGACAGUGCCAGCAAAAAUCUAAAGAUUCGCAAAUUUAGGAUUUGAUUUUGGACUUACACUGUGUUUCAUACUGUUUUUGUCACAAGACACAUGUAUUUAUGUGAUACAUUUCAGUGGUUAUUUUAACUGAAUAAGACAAUUCAAAGGCUUCACAUAAGACAUUUACUGAUCAAUUAAUCAGUCAGACAAAGGAAAUGUGUAAAAACACUAAAUGAAAUAAAGUUUUAUCAUCGUUUGCUCUUACUGGGAGUCUCUAGUCAAAAACUAGUAAAGAAGAAUAGCAGAGACUAGUAAUGGGAGUGUGCUAAAUAACCGUGCAAGAUAAACGAAGACAGGGCCCACAUCUUCUUAACGGUAAGACAAUGUGUAAAUUAGUGACUAAUGUGAACGUCUAGCUCAAAAACGAUAGUCGAAUUUGGGGCGUGGAAAGAAAAAGUGAGGAGUAAAACCCGGAGCACAGGGUAAUUGGCAAAUAAAUGAUGAAAAGAGAUAAAGAGUAAAAGAGAUAAAGAAGAAAAGAGAAAAAGGCUGAAAUGGCCCAGGAAUAAAGAAGAGAAAAAGUUAAAGAGACAAAGUGAAAAAGAGAAAAAGGCUGAGAUGGCCGAAAAAGAGAAAAAGUUAACUUAAUGUUAGGGAAGUCGUGAUUGGGCAUAACAAAUCGGUAAGGACAGUUUAAAGAAAAAAAAAAGGCCUAUACACUAUAGUAAGGAAACAUUGAGCUCAGUGAGACGAGGUGUGCUGAAGUUUGAGUGUGUGAGAGAAGCUUCUGGUGUGUGUGUGAAAGGAGUGUGUGUAUGGGUGCUGAGUGUGAGUGUAAAAGAGUCUGUGUGUAGUAAGUGGUGUGUGCACAAAGUUGGGGAACGGUCUAGCAUAGGUAUAAGUGAUUAAUGUAUGAUAAAGUGAUAAAUGAUGUCUUAUUAAAUAUAUAAUGAUAUGAUAUAUGAAAUUAACAUAUAAGGGAAGAGAUACUGUUGCCUUUGUAGUGUUAAAAACAUAUGAGCCCUGUUUUUCUUUGUACAGGGACGUUAAUAGAAUAAGUAACUGCUAUGAGCCUCUCAGGAUAAAGAGGACGUUUGUACAUCUAAUAGUAAGAAAUGAGCCCCUUAUUAGAUGAGGAGGACUUUGGAUGGUGAUAACAUCCUCAAUUAAAAUGGCAAUUAAAGAAGUGUACACAAGCACAUUUGUAUUCAUACAGAUACAGGAAAAAAACAGAGUAAGAGAGUGGGGUAAAAAGGAAUGAUUUGCUAACUGAUGAGUGUGGUUUUCCUCUGUGUGUGUGUGAACAUUUAAAGUGAAUGGUCACUUGCUGAUGAUUAUGUUUAGAGGGAAGUCCUAGUUAAAAAUUAGGAGAAUCCAGGGAGCUUUUCCUCCCCCUUUCUUUCUCUUCUUACAGGCCUGAGAACAGAAAGAAAGCUAAAAAAUCUAGUUUAACUAUCCUAGUUGUGUGAAAAUUUUAAAUGGUAUACCAUGGUAAAGGGGAAUGGUGUAUAAUAAAUUUUAGUAGUUAGAUAAUAGAAGAAAUCUUUAAAUAGUGGUAGUAAACAUUUUAAAUUGUAUUGAAUGAAGUGAUUGUAAUGUACUAAACAUUUGAUUUGUUCUUUGUCCCUAACUCUGAUGCAUGAGAGGGGAGAGGAGAAUGAAAAGCAUCUGACGCUGGAGCGCCCAUAAGACAGAUAGAAGAUAAUUGGCUGUGCUGCAACAAGAGGGGGCUUGCGGAUGAGAGGCUCACCAGGACCUGCUCCCAUUUGACAGGCCAGUAGAGUUUUAUCUACAAACUCUUCUCCUAUGCAUCUGCUGCUACUUAGUUGUACAUACACACACUUAUAGUGGGAACACAUUUAGUUGGGUGUAUACAUUUGUUAGUGCUAGACAAUAAGAGCAGUAGUUUUGUUGGUAAAAAGAAAGGCUUGGCAAUAGACUGACCAGUUGAAAGGGCUGAUGAAGUACCGGAUUAUUGUUGAAUUAAAAGAGCAUUUCCAAG